AUGGCCGUAUCUCCCACCACUUGUUUUGGUCCAAAGACAGAAAUGAGCAUCCUGGAAACCAAUCAGUACUUGCGUUCUGAACUGGAAAAACGCCAACAGAGCUUCCGAGACCUCACAGAGAAAUUCCUGACAUCCAAAGCUACUGCCUACUCCCUGGCCAAUCACCUGCAGAAAUACAAGUGUGAAGAGUGCAAAGACCUUAUAGAAUCUGUGCUGGAGGAGGAGCUGCAGUUUCAGGAGAGGGAGCUGGCCGAAUUGCCGAGACCAGCUGCAAGGCUCCGGAUACAUGAUCCCUUAAUUCAGGCUCAGGCUAAAGAACUGACCCACUCACAACAGAAGAUACAGGAAGGGAGAGGUGUCUGCUACCUUUUCACCCAGCAUGUGAAGAACACAGUUAAGUCUUUUGAGGGCCUUCUCAAGAAAACUGGCAUUGCCUACUACCAGAGACAGAGAUUCUGUGAGCAAAUGGUACAAGGAAUCCAGCUGACAGAGAUCCUUGUCAGAAAACUGGCUACAGAAUAUCAAAAUGGUAAGAAAAAUGAAGACAGGCAAAAGCUACUGGCUCCCAGAUCAGAACUAGCUAUGAAGCUGUGGUUCCAGGCUGCCUUGGUUUAA